AUGACGUCGAAUCUAGCAGAGCAAACUCCUGCUCCGCAGCAAGCAGCUGCCCCUGUCGCUCCAAUCAACGAAAAUGGAACCGCGAAAUAUGUUGCGAUUGGCACUCAGGAGGUUCAAAAGGGGAAAUCGGAGAGAGAACUUGAGAAGGAACGGAAGAAGGCGGAGAAGAUGAAGAAAUUCGCUGAAAAGAAGGCCAAAUUAGGCUCAGCCGCUCCGGCCCCCGCGCCUAAAACCUCUGAAAAGAAGCCCAAGGUCGAGAAGGAGAAGAAUGUCGACGCUUAUGAUCCUCUUACAAUUGAAUCUGGGAGAUAUGAAUGGUGGGAAGCACAAGGGUUUUUCAAACCCGAGUUUGGACCAGAUGGAAACGUCAAGCCAGAAGGGAAAUUCGUCAUUCCCAUCCCGCCACCAAAUGUCACAGGGGACCUGCAUAUGGGUCAUGCUUUGACCAAUGCGCUUCAGGAUACGAUGAUACGCUGGCAGCGAAUGAAAGGAAAGACUGUCCUUUGGCUUCCAGGCUACGACCAUGCUGGAAUAUCGACGCAGAGUGUCGUGGAGAAAAUUCUGUGGAAGUCUGAAGGCAAGACUCGCCAUGAUGUUGCAACCACUCGUCCAGAAACAAUGCUUGGUGAUACUGGGAUCGCAGUCCAUCCCGAUGACAAACGGUAUCAAAAAUACCUUGGCAAAUUUGCGAAGCAUCCGUUCCUGGACCGAUUGCUUCCAAUUUUUGCUGAUGUCAAUGUUGACCCUGAAUUCGGUACUGGCGCUGUCAAAAUAACACCCGCCCAUGACUUUAACGAUUUCAUCCGUGGCAAAGACAAUAAUCUGGAAUUUAUUUCUAUUAUGAAUGACGACGGUACUUUCAAUGCCAACGCUGGCCCCUUUGCAGGAGAGAAGCGAUUUGAUGCGAGAUACAAGGUCAUCGAAGCUUUAAAGGAAAAGGGCCUGUACGUCACAUGGGAGAAUAACCCAAUGAAAGUACCUGUUUGCGUCAAGUCAAACGAUAUCAUCGAACCAAUCUUGAAGCCACAGUGGUGGAUGAGAAUGAAGGACCUUGCCGAGCCAGCAAUUAAGGUCGUCGAAAAUGGAGAGAUUAUAAUUCGCCCUGAAACCGCUGAGAAGAGCUACUUCCGCUGGAUGAAAAGCAUUAAUGACUGGUGUCUGUCUCGCCAACUUUGGUGGGGUCACCAAGCUCCCGCUUACUUUGUGCAGAUUGAAGGGGAGCAUGGUGAUGACAGCGACGGCAAUCUUUGGGUGGUCGGCCGCAGUGAGGCUGAAGCACAGAAGAAAGCCGACGCAAAAUUCGCUGGAAAGAAGUUCACGCUCAAGAGGGACCCUGACGUGCUUGACACGUGGUUCUCCUCCGGACUCUGGCCAUUUUCCACCCUGGGAUGGCCCAAGAAUACUCCCGAUUUUGAGAAGUUGUACCCUACCUCCGUGUUGGAGACAGGCUGGGAUAUUCUCUUCUUCUGGGUCGCUAGGAUGAUCAUGCUUGGUCUUAAAAUGACAGGAAAAGUUCCCUUUACCGAGGUGUACUGCCACUCGUUAAUUCGAGACUCUGAGGGGAGGAAAAUGUCUAAGUCACUGGGUAACGUUAUAAAUCCUGUAGAUGUUAUCGAGGGCAUCGAGCUGCAAGUGCUGCAUGACAAACUAAAGCACGGCAAUCUGGCAGAGAAAGAGAUCUCUGCAGCCACAAGAUAUCAAAAGAAGGCAUUUCCAAAGGGUAUUCCUGAAUGUGGUACUGAUGCUCUGCGAUUUGCUCUUGUUUCCUAUUCCACUGGUGGUGAUACAUGGCUACCGCAGAUUUUGCAACAAGAUCUAUCAAGCUACCAGAUAUGUUCUCGGUAA